AUGCCAAGACCACCUCGGUCAAAGGACAUUCGGUCAAAUAUGAUGGAUGAGGGAUACCAGGAAUCGAUCCAUAAUAUAAAUGCCAAGACCACCCCGGUCAAAUACACUCGGUCAAAUACAACUUGGUCAACAGACAUUCGGUCAAAUAUGAUGGAUGAGGGAUCUACCAGGAUCCGAUGCAAGAUACAUGCUAAGAGCACCUCGGUUAAAUAUGACUCGGUCAAAAGACACUUGGGACUUGGUCAAAAGACACUUGGUCAAAAGACACUUGGUCAAGGACACUCGGGUAAAUACGACUCGGUCAAAUAUGACUCGGUCAAAUAUGACUCGGUCAAAUACGACUUGGUCAAAUAUGACUUGGUCAAAAGACAUCAGACAUCGGGUAAAUACGACUCGGUCAAAUAUGACUCAGUCAAAAGACACUCAGUCAAGAGACAUUCGGGUAAAUACGACUCAGUCAAAUAUGACUUCGGUCAAAAGACACUUGGACACUUGGUCAAGAGACACUCGGGUAAAUACAACUCGGUCAAAAGACACUGGGUAAAUACGACUCGGUCAAAUAUGACUGGUCAGAAGACAUUGCUGCAUGAAGCCAUUCGGUCGCAGCACCUGCAUGACAGUGCCAUUAGGCAGGGUGGCAUAGCCAUUCAUAGGGAUGUGGUAACUACUGAGUGGGACAGAUAG